AUGUCGACAUUUCUGCUCCCAUUGGAGAUUUUUGAAAACCUUGCUAGUGCCAUUGCACAAUUUUGGUGGAGUUCGAAUCCACCGAAAAGAGGAAUACACUGGGCGAAAUGGGAUAAGGUUUGUCUACCAAAAGAAGAGGGCAUGAUUGGCUUCCGUUUAAUCUAUGAGUUUAAUCUAGCACUAUUGGCAAAGCAAUUAUGGAGAUUGGUUCAGUACCCUGAUUCACUGGUUGUCCGAGUCUUGAGGGGCAGAUACUAUAGGAUGACCUCGCCAUUGGGAGCAAUCUCUGCAAGUAGUCCAUCAUGUGUGUGGACAAGCAUUUAUGCCGCAAGGAAGCUUCUGCUUCUGGAGAUUAGACAGAAGAUUCAUCCUGGUUAUGAAGUCACGGUGCGGGAGGAUCAGUGGAUUCCAACGAUACCUGCUAGAUCAGCUACACCUGUAGCACCUGUGACACACCCGAAUAUGAGAGUUAGUGACCUCAUUAACCAGGAUUUGAAGAAAUGGGACGUAGAGUUACUAGAGGAUUAUGUCCACCCCGCUGACAUACCACUCAUACGUAGUAUGGCCAUAAGCUCUACUUAUCGCCGUGAUACCUUCUGCUGGAAGUACACAAAGAAUUACCAGUACACAGUCUAG